UAAACAGAGUACACACACAAAUUGGUUAAACCCUCACUCGCACUUUUCUCUCUCAUUUCACUCUCGUUCCAUUUCCUAAAACCCUACCACUCAAUCACCUCCAUGGCCGCCUCCAAUUCGAUUCGCCUCCGUCGCACCCUCAGGGCUAUCUCCUCCCUCCACCGCUCCUUCUCCUCCUCAGCCGCCUCCUCUGCGCCACCAAUUUCCCUCGCCGUUCGCCGCGCCCUUCCCUCAGCUCCACCAGCACCAGCACCUUGGCUGUCCCGUUCAUUCAGGUCGUCGUCCAUAUCGCUUUGGUCGAACCGAUCAUCAUCGGUGUCUAACAUCCCCGACGAGAUUGGCCCCGACGAUAUACUGUUCGAGGGCUGCGACUACCACCACUGGCUCUUCGUCAUGGACUUCCCCAAAGACAACAAACCCUCCCCCGAAGAAAUGGUUCGCACCUACGAGGAGACUUGUGCCAAGGGUCUCGGCAUCAGUGUGGAGGAGGCAAAGCAGAAAAUCUACGCCUGCAGUACCACUACCUACACUGGCUUUCAAGCUGUUAUGUCUGAAGAAGAAUCCAAGAAAUUUGAAAAUCUUCCUGGAGUCAUCUUUGUGCUCCCAGAUUCCUAUAUUGAUCCUGUGAACAAGGAAUAUGGAGGAGAUAAGUACAUCAAUGGAACAAUUAUCCCUAGGCCUCCACCGAUACAAUAUGGAAGAAACACAGGAAGACGUCCUCGCCAAGAUAAUCAAAUGUCAAACCGUCAGGGAAAUCCCUCCUACAAUAAUAGGGGGCCUAUGCAAGGGGAUGGAAGGAACUAUGGCCCUUCACAGAGUUAUCCACCCCAACAGAACUAUGGUCAAGCGUCACAGAAUUAUCCACCCCAACAGAACUAUGGUCAAGCGUCACAGAACUAUCCACCCCAACGGAAUUCUGGUCAACCACCACAGAACUAUCCUCCGCAGCAGAAUUAUGGUCAACCAUCACAGAACUAUGCUCCCCAACAGAACUACAGCCAAGCUCCGCAGAACUACCCUUCCCAAAAGAAUUAUGGCCAAUCACCAGAGAGUUAUCCUCCCCAACAGAAUUUUGGUCAAGCACCACAAAAUCAUCCACAGCAACAAACCUAUGGUUCUGCUUCACAGCAAAGAUAUGGCCCUGCAUCGCCACAAUAUCCGCAGCAGCAGAGCUAUGGAUCACCAGGACAAGGAGAUGGUAGAAAUUAUGUGCCACAGCAAAACUUUGGACCACCAGGACAAGGAGAAAGAAGAGACCCGGUGCCUCGUGAUUCGGCCCUACGUAAUGAUACUUUUACCCCAUCAUACAUGAACAUGAAGGAUUUCAAGCCAAGCUACAUGCAGGAAUUUGAAAAUUUUGAGCAGGGUAACUAUCCUCCCAAAGAACAGGCUGGGUCCCAACAAAGAAAUCCAACCCCUGGCCAUGACAAUUUUACUGGAGAGGGAAGAUACUAAUAGAAAUCUCAGACAUGGUGGCGGAUUAUGUUGAAGUUACCAGAUGCACUCUUAGCUGAUUGAAUGUCGCUGCCAUUGUGGUGGACAAUUUAAUAUUUUUGAUCUGUCAAUGUAUAUCUUUGUCUACGUUAUGAUCUCUGUUUUAGUGACAAUUGAAUGUGGCAUAUAGAACUUGUAGUGGCUGGUCUUAUGAGCAUGGUUGAACUGAAUUCCAUGUGUGGUUUUCUUUCUCUUGUUCA